ACUUUUAAUUACGCCGCCGUGUGCCUUCUCUCUCUAGUCGGUCUACUUCUACACCAGAAGACGGCGCAGUGUUUGGGUACUCGCACAGGUUAGCUUGUUGCUAACUCCACAAUGGACUGCGCUCCCAGUCUGUGUCCCGCCGUCACUCAAGAGAUACAAAACGCCCCAGAAAUGUGCGACGGCUCCUCGAUGGAGGACGGGUUGGUUGACGCUUUUGGGGAUCUGGCUGCCCUUCCGGUGGAGGCUGGCGAGAGAAGACCGACAUGUUUCCGUUGCCGUCGCCCUCAGAAGGUGUGUCUAUGUCCUUUUCUUCCACCACAACCUCUGGAGGUCUCCACAUGUCUGUACGUAGUGCAGCAUCCUGCAGAGGAGAGCCGAGUACUCCGCACAGUUCCUCUACUUGCUGCUUGCUUGCCACAAGGAAAAUGCAAUGUCAUAGUUGGAAGGAGAUUUAAUGAGGAAAAGCACCCGGAGCUGGCUGCGGUGUGCCGGGACAGCAGAACGCUGAUUCUGUACCCAGGACCUAAAUCGGAGAACCUUGAGGAGUUGGUGCAAUACCAAGAAGUGGGCACUGCGAAAUAUAAUGUCAUCAUCAUAGACGGCACCUGGAGCCAAGCCAAAAACAUGUUCCUCAAAAACAGCCUUUUCCACCUGCCCAAGCAGGUGCAGCUCAAUAGGACUUUAUCAAGUCAAUACGUGAUCCGCACACAACCUUCCAACAUCUGUCUGUCUACUCUGGAAUGUGCCGCUGUCGCUCUGUCGAUCCUGGAGCGGAAUGAUGAGAUCCAAGAGGUUCUGCUCAAGCCCCUGAAAGCACUCUGCUCCUUCCAGCUUCAGCACGGCGCUCAGAUCCAUCAUAGCAAGGAACAUCUGCUGAAGAACGGCAUGUACGACAAGCCCAUGCCAAAGAACAAGCGCAAGAUAAAGAGGAUGGAGAAACUCCUCAGUGACCACAGCAUCUGCCCCAGAUGAGGGCAUGUCAGAGCAGAGAGGACAGGCCCUGUCAGCUCUGCUUCUCCUGCUGUUUGCACUGUGUCGGACUGUGCGAUCAGAGUACAAGGAUGGAAACGAUGAGACAUAAGGGGACUUUUUUCCUUUUUGGUUUUUUGUAAAAACACUUGUAUAUGCUGAUAAAUAUAAUUUAUGUAUUUGUCAUUAAUUGUAAGUAAAUUACUGACAAAUAAAUGUUGUACUUGAAGCAUCAGA